AUGUUAUUGAUACAUUAUAUGUCUGGUCAUAGCGUAAAGACUUUAAGCCCAGAAAGGAAAAUGAGAAGUUGUAUAACCUCAAAUAAGUUUAACAGAGAUAUCCCUGCUGCCCCAAAAUUAAGAGAGCUGGAGGCAGUGCUGGCCAGGCCUAAUAGCAUGCUGCUCCCGCCUUGCUCACUGUUGCUCCCUUCUGCUCCUCCAGCGCCCAGAACGGAAGUGGUAUUUGGUUCAGGUAUUCUUCGGAGUUUCUGCUGUGGAUCUAAACCUGCAUACACUGCUGACAUGAUUGGUAAGGACAGAGCUAUACUAAGUGGUAACAUAAGGAUUUACAAUCAGACAGGUGAGAUAAAAGCGAUUUAA